AUGUCAUUCUGCAGCUUCUUCGGAGGCGAGGUUUUCCAGAAUCACUUCGAGCCAGGUAUAGCCUGUGGCAUUAGAGCAGGCAUCGCCUUCUGGGUGGCAGUGGAGUCCCUGAGCCAGGAUUGGCCAGACAUUGCUGGGUGCUGGCUCUCCCAGAGCCAACCAGUGCGCUAUGAGCAGGCAAUACAUGGCCUGGUGUGUGGUUACCUCCACAGUGGGCUCACGGCUCAUAUUGUCAUUUCCUGGGUCCCAUGUCAAGGAAAGCUUGUACUAGAGACAGGUGGAGUGGAUCAGUGUCUCUGCUUUUGCUCUUCCUCUGCUACAGGUAUCUACGUGUGUGCCAAGUGUGGCUACGAGCUCUUUUCUAGUCGCUCAAAGUAUGCACACUCUUCCCCGUGGCCAGCAUUCACUGAGACCCUCCAUGCAGACAGCGUGACCAAGUGCCCUGAGAAGAACAGACCUGAAGCUUUAAAGGUGUCCUGCGGGAAGUGUGGCAAUGGGCUGGGCCACGAGUUCCUGAAUGAUGGCCCCAAGCGGGGACAGUCCCGAUUCUGAAUAUUUAGCAGCUCACUGAAGUUCAUCCCUAAAGGCAAAGAAGGCCCUGCCUCCCAGGGGCACUAGGUGAGCCCUGAUAUGCCAGGAUAUGCAUGCCCACUUUUUGGCAGCCCCACGUUGGUUUCAAAACCCCUUAGGCAUUCAGACUUGGGGGCUGGGAGGUGGUUGAAGUGCCAGGAAGGCUCUGAAUGCCUUGUCUCUAAAUGGAAUCACCUUAGAUGAAGCACUUUUUGGAAAGUCUCCACUGUUCCACCAUGGUGGCCCUGGGGAUGGGGCUAAGACAUUGGCUGUUUUGAGCCUGUAGGAGACUCUGGGUUUAGGUCAUAAGCCUCCUCUUCCCCCUCAUCCUGCCACCCACCUCCUUGGCUGUCUGCAUUCACCCUGUGGGGCUUGACACUGGGGCUGGGUCCUGGUCCUCACUAAAGCUUGUGCCUGUCUCCUCCGGGCUGUGCAGGAGAUGGAAAUGUGAAUGGACUGCCCUGGCCAACUGCUCCAGCCUUGGUCACCGCAUGAUCUGCUCUGGCUAAACGCUUCUCUGCCAGCCAGGGUGGUGAUGAUCUGUGACCUCCGGGGAGGAGCACAGGCCGAUGCCGCGGACUCUUGGACCCUUGUCUUCUGGCUGAGAAAACAGCUCUGUUUCACAAUCUGUGGAUUCAGCUUGCCUCACUCUGGCUUGGGAAAGUGACUGUUGCCUCAUUA